CCUCACCGUACUUUAAUAUUUUGAACCAGUUGUGGAACAAGUCGCCAAAUACCCUUGGGUCCCGACUAUCUUUCAAUACAAUCGGACGAACAAUUCAUCCAUCUCUUGUUCCGAUUAAUGGUUUCUCGGGGGUUGGGAGACCUGCAAAUUGAUGUCCAUUCACUCCACAACCUCCGAAUGCGACCUAUUGACUACCACCGGUCACGUCGAGAUAUCUAGUCAAUACUGGUCACUGCGAAGGAGAUGGUUCCACUGCAAGUUGUGCGGACUCACAAUAAGUCAUUAAAAUAUCUAGGUGCUAGGCUUGUGGCUAUAUUUGUUGGCGGCACAAGUGGAAUUGGUCUUUAUACUGCUCGGGAAUUCGUUCGCCACACUCCCACUCCAACUGUUUACCUUGUUGGUCGCAAUGACACGUCUGCGCGCCAAAUUAUUCAGGAUUUGAAGUUGUUAAAUAAGGCGGCCGACAUCCAUUUUAUUAAAGCUGACGUAUCACUCUUAAAAGAGGUUGAUCGGGUAUGUGAUUUCAUUCAGCACGAGGUUUCCCAUGUCAACAUCCUGUUCCUGACCUGUGGCAUCUUCACUCUAAAUCGAAGAGAAGAAACUGUCGAGGGCCUUGACAGGAAAUUAAGCCUCCAUUACUACGGUCGCAUGCGCUUCAUCCAGAACCUCAUUCCCCAUUUAGCCAAUGCCAGUCACGUUGGAAACCGCAGCACUUUUCUUGCCCGUGUUGUAUCCGUACUAGGUGCAGGCCACGAAACAAAGCUUCACCUUGAUGAUCUCGACCUGCGAGAACAUUAUAGUGUCGAGGCUUGCGAUGUCCACGCCACGACGAUGACCUCAUUGAUGGUAAAAGAGUUUGCUUUACGAUAUCCCUCGGUCACCUUUAUUCACACAUAUCCCGGAAUUGUGAAGUCUGGAAUUGCGCGGGAGGCUGGUCCUGUUCUGCGUCACAUUAUUACGGCAGCAAUGUUUCUUGGUCGGUUAUGGAUGGUCUCGAAGCAAGAGAGCGGGGAAAGGCACCUCUUUGCAGCGACAAGUGAUAAAUUUGCUCCAAACACAGAGGCUCGAGUAGGAGAAAUCUCAAAAGGUGCCUAUUUGCUGAAUUGGGACGACUCUGAGGUGGGCAAUGAAGCACUUCUUGAGGACUAUCUUGUAAAUGGUGUCGGUGACACUGUGUGGACCCACACUAAGAAAAUAUUUAGCGGGGCUUUGGAUUACCAUGAGACCUAGUUCAAUAAAAAGUGAGGCCCGACAUUAAUGCGACUCGAAAGUACGAUCGCUUCUAAGUGAUGAUGGUCGUCU